AUGGACGCCAUCCUGCUCAUCGACACAUAUCGGCGAUACAAAGCUAGUACCAAUAAACUGCUCCGGUGGCUGUUGGACUCGGCACAGGAAGCCAGCUCGAAGAGUGCCAGAACAAAGGCAGGAUCCAAGACGACAUCGCAUGCACCGUCGAGGAAGUUGAAGGUAGAUGAGCUUGUGCAGCUUGCGCUUAUUAUCAUCGCCGCAGACCCUACUACGAUCGACAUCCCUAUUGACAUACUCGAUAUCACACACGAUGUGAUUAAAGGCCGGAGGUUCUCAUGUAAGUGGUACUCGAACUUGACAGCUAGCAAUAAGGCACAUAAGGCGGAAGAAGUCAUCGAGUCCAACUCGAGGCAUCAACACUUCAUCGGCGUUCUGGAAAAAGGCGACGAGAUCUUGCGGAAGGAGGCCAAGAGCCGUAGACCGAAGCGGAAGAAGAAGAUCGAGCUUGCAACGGAUGUCGACGACCUUACCAAUCUCUACCUUCACCUCGAGUUGCAAGAUCUGCCAUCCGAUGACGAGAAUAGCCAAGGUCCUUCCCAGCGCAAGGCCAAGCCUACGAAUAAGACCAAGGCGGAGAAGAUCGAACUCGAGGGCGGGUUUGACGAAGACGGAACCGAAGAGCAGCUGUUCGCUCUCUACUGUCAUCUCCAGUUCCUGGGCGAGCUGCGCAUGCAGACACGUAAAGUCUGGCAGGACUGUCUCGACGGUCGCAUCACCUUUCUCCUGGCUUGUCAGAUCUUCGACCAAGCAGUCAGCAUUGGGUUCAUGCUAGCGAGGCGUUUCGAGGCGCAGUAUCCGGACAUCAAGUCUUUCGACGUCGUCGCGGUGAAGCUGGGCUUCCACCAGUAUGUGGCGGAGGCUCGCGAGGCUGACACUCGCGUGGGCUACAUGAGCAGUUUGGCAGGGAGUUCUAUGACCGCUCAUGAUGUGGCUAUGGAUCACAGACGACAAUUCCUCAUGCAGCCAGCAUGGUGUGCUUUGCAAGACGUGAGAGAUCUGUCACGCUACAUCCAUAGACGAGCCGGCGGCAAGGAUUAUGAUGGACGAGUCCCAGCAUCGGUCUUUCCUGGACACCCAUUCGCUAAGAUCCUACUGCAGGUCGCUGGCGAUUUGCGACCCACGUUUGCCACUCUCGCUGUUGGCAAAGAGUGUCACACAUGCCACUGUCGUACUCAGAAUGCGGUCUCUGACAUGUACUCGCGCGAGCUGGGCGAGUAUAUGUUCUACGCAAACAUGACUACUGGCUUGGUCAUUGCGACUACACUCUACAUGGACCUGUACGAUGCCCUCGGCGGGGAUCUCGAUAGAGGCCUUCGCGAGAUCCAGCCGGCCAGGGAGGCUGUCACAUUCAGUGCUGCCACAUUCACCGCGUUCUACAUCAAGUCUGACAAGGCCGUCACGGACUAUAUGCCCCCGGGAUAUCCAUACAGGCACAUGGCGGAGCAGAAGAUCUUCGAGGACAGUGUCGAAGACGGCCAGAGCGGCAGGCGUGUCAACACAUUGGCCAGGGAGGCUGAUGAGAAGGAUCGCGCAGACAAAGUCGCCUGA